AAUCAUGACAGUUAAAUGGCAGAAACGACAGUUAUUUGAAUUCGGAUAGUUAUUCUUUUGUGGUUGUUUUAUUUGAAUUAGUUUUUGUUAUUGUUUCGUGAAAUAUCAUAAAUCCUUAUUGUGUUUUAAAUGUUGAAAUACAUCGAUAAUACAUUAUGGAUACAACUAUGCCUACUCACACUCCCAUGCAAGCAAAAACGAUGGCAGAGUUGCUACCCGGGAUUAAAUCUAUAUUGUCUAAAGAUACAGUGAUGAUGCUAACUUCAAAGAAAAAGCCAAGUUCUAAUAUACAUCAGACGCGGACAACUGGGAAAAUCAUCAAGCCAAUGACUAUUGCAGAAAUGAAAGCUUUAAGAGGACCCUUGCCUAGAAAAUAUCCACAGCCAACAACUGCUAGUAAAGCUAAACCUUGGAACUCCUCAAUAAAGGUUGACAAAACUAAAACCCUCACUAAAGAUGGCCAGAUGAAGCAUAGUACAGCAAGAAAAGUGCUCAAUUUCCAACCAAGACCAGCAGCAAACAAUAGGGCUACCAUGAUAGCACCUGUGGCCAGGAAAUCGAUUCAUCCUCAAGUCAAAGCAAGUAAUCGAAAUGGCAUAAAUAGAAUCAGUGGCGUAUCUAAGAUACCAGAAACACCAGUCUUCAAUCAACCAUUUCCACAUCGAGUUCCAAAAUUGAAAAUGAAUAAUAUUUCAUUCAAGUCAAAUGGCGAUGACAGCUUCUUACAGAAGGAGAAAGAAAUAAACGAUUUUGAAGAAAAAUCUAAUGCUUUAACUGAAGAGCCAACAUUGGAAAAAAUUGCUGAAAUCUCACCACCUGUUUCAACUCCUUUCAAUGAUUACAGAAAUGUUAGAGAUUAUUUCAAUAACAGUGAAGCUGAACACUCGGUUUUAUGGAAUGAUAACACUAUAAUGUCUUUUGAAAAACCUUCAGAGAUCAAAGAUAAUGUUAACCGAGAUGAAAGCGUCAUAGUGUCGCUAUGUGAGAUGCUAAAUAAAGCCACGGUCACAAACGCUAACAACAAUAAUCAAGAACUAGGUGAGUUAAUCGAAUUUGAAAGGCAGGCAGAAAAUAAUUUGAAAAUGAUUGAUAAUGUUAUGGGAAUGUUAAAUAGUAUGAAGGAGAAACAGCGUAUAUCUCUGCAGUAUAUCAGGAAAUUAAAACACGAUAAACUCCAAACGAACGGUGCAAAAGAUUGUAACGUUACAGUUUUAGAAAAGGAAUAUAUUGCUAAUAAUUUAGCAAAAACCAAUUUAACAGAGGAAAGUAAAACAAAACCAAAAACACCUAAAAUCAAUACUGUGACAGUGAAAGAAGAGAAUGUCAGUCCCGAAAAAUCCCCUAUUAGCAGUAGACCCACAGUGAUUAAAUCAAGAUCGCCGUCGUACAAGAUACCAAGAAGAAGUAUUGGUCUUAGAAAAAAAGUAUUCUGCAAGUCAAUGCCGAACGUUUCAGAUGGAACACAGACGCCAAAUAAAAACAUGGAUAGGGCACUAAGUAUGUACAUGCAGAUUAAGGAUCAGAUGACAUUUCUCAAUACUCCGUUGGCGAAAGCCCGUACGGAAAUUCCAGACACUCCUGCGAUUACAUCACACAAUUUACAAAAGCAAUUAGACAAAUUGUAUAAUGAACGCUGAAUUUAAAAUUUAUCUUGUACCAAAGUGAA